AGCUUGCCUGUCGGCUUUGAUAACAGCGGGUGGCCUACCUAGUACCUACCACGACUGACGACAGUCGGACUAGUCGGAGCCGGUCGCUCGUCGUACGAGUGUCGUGACGUUGGCUUGGUUUGGCGUUUUUCACGCAUCUCAAUUCUCAACGACGCGAACUGUCAACCGCCCGCGAUCGCCGUCGCACUCGAAACGCCACUCAUUCGGGUUACCCAUCGCGUUGUUUGUUAGUGCUCUGUCCGUUUUGUGCGCGAUCCACAAGUGUCCAGUGUGCCCAGUGUGUGAUUGAUAAUGAAUAAUGAACGCGGCAACGAGAGAUAGGACCGCGUCGCAAUUUGCUAUUUGCUUGAUAAGUCUUCCCAGCGGUGAUAUUCACGGCGACAUCGCAUCGAUCUAGACGGUUGCUGAUCUGGAAAUCUUGGAGAUCUCUCGCUUUCCUGCGCAUAUUCUCUGCGUACGUGGGAGGUCGAAGUUUUCGCCGAUAAUCUAACUUAGCAUCUGCCGCUUAAUAAGGUAUAAUUAUCGAAGAUACGAAGAGAACCAUUUCCUGAGCAGAUAUUUGCCUCAUAAGAAGCGUUUCGGAUAGUCUGGCCGGUUCCUAAGAUUGGAGUAAGCCGACAUUCUAGAGAUGCACUCAUCAUACGUGAUCGCGAGGUCCAAGAAUGCGGUGACGUUGAGAAACUGCUUGAUCCGAAAAUACAUAUCGUAAUACACAUAUGCAAGUAUUAAUUAAAAUAUAAAAAAUCAUAUCCAGCGUCUACAACACUAAUUUAUAUUGAUGCAAAGCCAUUCUGCAUUGGCAUAACGAAAAACCAAAUGCGACAUAUCGAUUGAUAAACAUAUAACGCUACAUCAUUAAAACUCUGCCUUGUUUAAAAACUGGUAGACAAUUUGCAACGAUAUAUAUCGCAAACUAUAUCUAAUGUAAUAUUAGUUUCGCACAAAAUUUAGAGAUAUCUACUUUAUCUCACAUCUAUCGCAACAGUAUCGAGAGAGAUCAAUUGUGAGAAGAAUAGUCUCGCUGAAAACGGAUGAUAAACACAUGUACUAUCAAAGAAAGGAAAGUUAUCGAGUUUAUACGUCAAUGAUUGUCAGUGAUUUUGAUUAGGAUAAAGAAUCGUUCUCAGGAGUCGAGACUCUCGCUGUGAAAUUCCUAGCACGAUUACUCGUGAAAGGAACGCGUCUCCUACCCGGGCGUUUAAUUAGCGUCCUCGAUCGCGUAGAAAGGAGGAACUAGCUUAGGUGCCUGGACCUUUUGACGUCACACGGCGAGAGCCGACCGGCGGGAGAUCGAAGAGGGGCGAGAGGAUGUUGCUGAGGUAACACGACAUUUCGAGGCCGCACGAGAAGUACGAUAAUCGCAGCGCGGGAAGGUGUCGAUCGUAGCAGGCGCAUAAAGAAAGGAUCGAAGAGUGACGGAAGGAUGGGUUUUCCCAGGAGAAGGUCGCUGUGGCUGAAGGUGGCGGUACUAGCAACCGCCGUGUGGGUGACCGUCUGUUUCCUGCUCUAUACGGAGGAUCGGGCGGCGGCGGCUGCCGUACAAGGAUUGGCACCGUCGGGCGUCGCGAUGCCGCAACAAGCGGCGAAUGGCUUUGUACCACCCGCGGCGUCGUUUAGAAAAGAGUCGACUGGUAAUGCUAUUAACAACAGGGCGAAGAUCAAUCAAGUCGGCCUUAAGCAAGAUUCUAUAGGUGGUGGAGUGUUGGAUAUACCACGGGAACCGGAUACUGCUGCACCCGGUGAAAUGGGCAGACCCGUGAUAUUACCGGCUAACAUGUCCGCGCAGACGAAGAAGCUGGUGGAUGAUGGCUGGCUCAAUAACGCGUUUAAUCAGUACGUCAGUGAUUUAAUCUCCGUGCACAGAUCUUUGCCCGAUCCACGCGAUCAGUGGUGUAAGGAAUCUGGUAGGUACUUGAAGGAUCUUCCGCCUACAGCAGUAAUUAUUUGCUUCCACAACGAAGCUUGGUCUGUGUUGUUGCGUACAGUGCACUCCGUGCUGGAUAGAUCGCCAGAACAUCUCAUACAGGAAAUCAUUCUGGUCGAUGAUUUCUCCGAUAUGCCUCAUCUCAAGCGCCAAUUGGAGGACUAUAUGAUGAAUUAUCCAAAAGUGAGAAUUAUCAGGGCGAAUAAACGCGAGGGCCUUAUCAGGGCGCGCUUGUUAGGCGCUGCGGCGGCCAAAGCUCCGGUUCUCACGUAUCUGGAUAGCCAUUGUGAAUGUACGGAGGGCUGGCUGGAACCUCUUCUGGAUCGGAUCGCGCGCGAUCCGACGACGGUAGUUUGUCCGGUGAUCGAUGUUAUAGACGACACUACCCUGGAAUACCACUGGCGCGACUCGAGCGGUGUAAAUGUCGGUGGAUUCGAUUGGAAUCUCCAGUUCAAUUGGCACGCGGUACCAGAGAGGGAGAGAAAGAGGCACAAAAACCCGGCCGAACCCGUUUGGUCACCAACGAUGGCUGGCGGCCUCUUUUCAAUAGACCGAGCCUUCUUCGAACGGAUCGGUACAUACGAUAGCGGCUUCGACAUAUGGGGCGGCGAGAAUCUUGAAUUAUCAUUUAAAACCUGGAUGUGCGGAGGCACCCUGGAAAUCGUGCCGUGCUCGCACGUGGGUCACAUCUUCAGGAAACGUUCGCCUUACAAGUGGCGCAAUGGCGUGAACGUGCUCAAGAGGAACAGCAUAAGACUGAGCGAAGUGUGGCUGGACGAGUACGCCAAGUACUACUAUCAGAGGAUAGGUCACGACAAGGGAAACUACGGCGACAUAUCGGAGCGAAAAGCUCUUAGGAAGAAACUGGGGUGCAAGUCGUUCAAGUGGUACCUGGACAACGUUUACCCGGAACUCUUCAUUCCGGGCGAGGCAGUCGCCUCUGGAGAGGUCCGAAACCUCGGCGAAGGCGGUAACACCUGUCUGGACUCGCCCGCUCGCAAGGCCGAUUUGCACAAACCGUGCGGACUGUAUCCCUGUCAUCGACAGGGUGGAAAUCAGUACUGGAUGCUCAGCAAGACGGGCGAAAUCCGUCGAGACGAGUCGUGCUUGGACUACAGCGGGAGCGACGUUAUUCUCUAUCCUUGUCAUGGCAGUAAAGGAAAUCAACAAUGGAUCUACAAUCCUCAGACUAAUCAUAUCAGGCACGGUAGCAGCGACAAAUGUCUAGCGAUUACAGAGAGCAAGCAGCAACUGGUGAUGGAAGAAUGCUCGUCCAAUUCCCUGAGACAGCGAUGGUCCUUCGAGAAUUACGACCCAUCGAAGCUGUGAUACCGCGCCUUUUCGCGUCGUCAUUCCCAUAAUCGCAAUCACGCUUCUGAUCGCGCCGGAUCUUGGCUACCAGGGAAACGGUUCUCAAUCGCCAAGACCCGCUUUGGUAGAUAAAUUUCGCGAAUUCCGCAAGACAUUGCGAAAAUUCCUGCGGAACCGCUCGGAAUCGCUUGAUGGACCAGCUUAAACUCCACGCGUUUUCUCAAGGAACGAGAACGAAAGAGUCCAUCAUCGACUUCUCAUCGACGAGCUUGAAAUGUGUGAAACGAAAGAUCGAUCGAUGCAACGAAACGUUUGCGAGAACAAUAUACUUUGAAAAUUUUGUACUCGAGAAACUGCAUUUAAUUAGAAUAAGUUCCGAGCACUGUAUGGCGCUCGAAUCGAUUAUGAUUUGAGUUUCAUAUAUUGAUAGCCCUAAGUAUUAAGAGUAUUACGAGAGAUUAGCUCGAACGUGAUUGUGAACGAACGUGAUUGUAUCGACCAUCGAAGUAGCUCUCGAUCAUCACUUUCGUUCAUUGAUCAUUCGCGCUUCCAUGAGGAUCAAAAGGGAAGCGGAAUGCUUGAUAUUGUCAUAGAAACGACACAUCGUGUCGAUCUUAGCGAGCGAAUCGUUAAGUAUAACGAGUAGCGAAUUAUUUCCCUUUCUGUCUCUAUAUUACGGCAAUUUCAAGAACGAACUGCAGAAAUGUUUUCGACGAGUUUGAACGCGGCCGUUAUUCUUUAGAAAAAUCAAGUGCCAAAUUUCAAAUAUUCCCAUCUCAAGCUUGCUACAACCGAGGACAAACUCCUACAAAAUAGCGAACCUACAUUGCCGUUAAUGAAAACACGUAGUGUUUGCGUGUACCGAAUGACUUCGGAAGAUUGUAUUAGACGAUAUCUGCGCAAUCGUGCCCUUCUGCUAACUCUUGGAGUGCCAUGUGCGAGUUUGAGGGGAAAACGCGAAGAGAAUUAUAGCUCCCUUAAUGCAAAUUGCGUUUGAACAAUUUGCAUUGUUCUCAUGCAACGGCUCAUGAGAUAGCAUGCAUCUUAUGAGUAAAGAUGGUUUACCUUCAAGUUAUUCCCAAUCACGCUUUUCUCAGUGUUCGAGAGAAAUAUUUCGAAAAUGUAUGCAAUAACAUCAUUCACUAACGUCAUUCUUCAUAUUAAAACAUAUUGCCAGACGUCAAUCGGCAAUUUGAUUAUCGAUAGCAUUCGUCGAUCGUUCAUAGUCUCUUUCUUGCUACCUCUUUGGAGGUGAGUUUUACAUUCCAGAUUCGCCGAGACGAUGACGGUGAUAUUUCACGUGUAACAAAAAGAGAAUAUAUGACAUUUUCUUUUUAAUUUUUAAUUUAGAUACUUGCGUAGAUUUAAUUAGAAACGCGUAAAGGAGGAGAGCGGUAAAACAUUCCGGAGAUGAAUUGUUCGAUUCUGUUUGUACAAUACAUUCGUGUAAGAUACAAUGUCUUGAUGCCAGUUCAGAGAACGUAAGUACCGCCUAAGUAGAUCUAAGAGAGUGUCAUUAAGUGUAUGAAUAUGUAUGAAUUAUUAAUCGUAAGCGGAUCGUCUUCGCUUUCGACAACCGCGAACGAUUCGCGAUUCGUGAAUCGGCGAUUAGUUGGAUGUGUAAAUUCGCUAGGGAAUACUUUAUAAAAAGUACACUUUUAUAAAGAAACAUCGUUUCUUAUAAUUUUAGCUACAUAUCACUAUACGAGCGCGGUCAAGAAUCGACGCGCGUAAUACAGUCUUCGUAUACAAGUAAGAUUUAAAUCUAAAAUACAUUAACAAGUCUUUACUGUUAGUUACGUGUUUAAAAAUUUAUGACAUGUUCGCCUGAAAAUGGUUCUAAUUUAGUGGUCUAACAAUUUUAUCCGUGAAGUUUUCUAGAUAUUCAAAUUUGAAAAUGAUUUUUGCGUGCCAACAAAAUCACAAAUAUCGUGUUACGUGUGCAGAAAUGCAUAAUUAUUAAAUCGACGAUUGAAACCAGGCAUUGGCCUGUAUCAUCAUUAAUUCUUCUAAAGAAUCAUGUGAUGCAAUUUUAUUCUUCUUUUUCUUUUCUUUGUUACAUUUGAAAACAUAAUUGUAAAAUUUCAUAUGUCGAAGAAACGUGUGGCGAAAGAAAUUAAAAUAUCAUGUACAUGGAACUUUUUCUUGACGGAAAUUGAGAAAAAACGUACAUAGUUCUAUUAACAUCAGCUGAAUAAAAGGUUUCAGAUAUUGCAUCGGGAAAAUUGCAGAGUUGGCGCGGCUGCACUUUUCGCGCUAGGUUUUGCGAUUUUGCGUGUAAUUAAUCGUGGGCGUGCGAAUGCGUUACAUACGUUUAACUACGAAAAAUAAUUCGCAAAGAAGGAGAGAAAGGAAGUAGCGAGCGCUGACCCGCGUACGAAUGCGUGCUUAGUUAGACACGACUAACUAGCGAUUCUCAUUUUAGGAUUAAUCGAGUUUCUCGAAGCCGCAGUUUUGCCAAUGCGCGAUACGAGAUACAUAUUUGAAUAGCUUAGGGAGUGUGAUUGUGUGAGUCGCGGAUAAUCUCGCGGAUAAUGUGAGAAUCCGCCUCGCGAUUCAUUCCUAAUGGUACGACGCGAGCAAAUGCGAACGCAAGAGUGCAGGUCGAAGACGUUUAUACAGAUUAUAUAUACGACAUUUUCUACAUUUGGUAAGGACGUUGCAUAUCGUAAGGACGGAGACGAUUGAUAGUAAUUAUAAACGCGACUAACGCGCGACCGCCGAAAGAAAAAAGACC